CAUAGGCCAAACAAGUACAAUUAUUAUUUAUUCUACUAUUUUGCAUUACUUAAAAACGUAUCAUAUUGAUUUCUUAAUGAUGAUCGAUUUAUCUAUUGUGGUUUGGAUGAAUAUUGCCAUCUUUGUAUUGACCAAUUACGUUACUAAGACCAUUAACGAGAGCACCGAAACACCGGUUAUAAUUAAUUAUCUGAUAGAUCGCUGCACAGUGGAUGAAAAAGUUGAAAAAGAGUUGGACUAUUUUUUAUACGAAAUCUCGUCUCAAAAAGUCGAAUUUACUGCCUACGGAAUUAUUCCAUUGGACCGCUCACUAUUAGCGACUAUGAUUGGUACAUGUGCAACUUAUCUAAUUAUUUGCAUCCAAUUCCGAUCAAAGUAAAAUACAAAUAAGUAAAACUUUUCCAUUUUUUGCCG